UCCAAAGCAUGUUUUCUAUAGUAAGUAUGCCUUCAACAUCAUCGGUUUUAUCAGCAUACACCACCUUUGCUGCAUCAGCAAUGGUGGUUAAAACCAUGCUACAUGAAGUUCAGACCAUGGCCAAACAGCUCAUACCUCAACCACUCCAGGACAAGAUUUUAUCAGGAAUUGGAAGGCUUCUUGGGGAUCCCUCCUCUCAGAUGACUCUUGUCAUUGAUGAAUACAACGGCUACGCCAUGAAUCAAAUCUUUGAGGCUUCUGAAAUCUACCUGCAGACCAGGAUCAGCCCAGCAGUCAGUAGGCUCAGGGUUUCCCGAGCUCCAAGAGAGAAGGACCUCUUGAUCACCAUCAACAAGGGUGAAAAGGUUAUUGAUGUAUUUGAGGGAAUUCAACUCAAAUGGGAAAUGGUUUCCAGUACUGAAAAGGUCAUGGGUGGAGACAAGGGCGAACGUAGAUCAAUUGAGCUCAGUUUCCUUAAGAAAUACAUGGAGAAGGUAUUGAGCUCUUACUUGCCAUAUGUGGUGGAGAGAUCAGAAUCGAUAAAAGAAGAAAACAAGGUGGUGAAGCUCUAUUCCCUAGGGAACUUCCAAGGAGGAGCCAUGGUUGGUGGGGGAGCAUGGGGGUCCAUCAAUCUCGACCACCCCUCAACUUUUGAAACAUUGGCCAUGGAUUUGAAGCUCAAGGAGGACUUGAUAAAAGACUUGGACAGAUUUGUAAGGAGGAGGAAGUUCUAUAAAAGAGUUGGUAAGGCAUGGAAAAGAGGGUAUUUGUUGUAUGGCCCUCCAGGCACAGGCAAGACAAGCUUGAUUGCAGCCAUGGCCAACUAUCUGAAAUUUGAUGUCUAUGAUUUAGAGCUCACAAGUCUCCAGAGGAACUCACAGCUUAGAAAGCUCUUAGUCUCCACCAAGAACAGAUCAAUACUUGUGAUUGAGGACAUCGAUUGCAGCACUGAAUUACAAGACAGACAAGCUGGAAGAUACAACCAACCUACCACUCAGCUAACACUAUCUGGGUUGCUUAAUUUCAUUGAUGGGCUGUGGUCAAGCUGUGGGGAUGAGAGGAUAAUAGUGUUCACAACAAAUCACAAAGACAGGAUAGAUCCUGCAUUGCUGAGACCAGGGCGCAUGGAUAUGCACAUCCACAUGUCCUACUGCACUCCCUAUGGAUUUAAGACCCUGGCUUCCAACUACCUUGGAGUAAGCAACCACAGACUGUUCACUGAAAUCGAAAGGCUGAUAACAGAGGUGGAGGUAACCCCAGCAGAGAUUGCAGAAGAGCUCAUGAAAAGUGAGGAAGCUGAUGUGGCCCUUGAAGGACUCAUCGCGUUCCUCAAGAGGGCCAAGAGUGCAGAAAAUAAAUCAAAUUGUCGAGGAAAGAAAGUUGAUGAACAAGGAAUAGAAAGGCAGGAUGUUGUUCAAAGUGGGAAGGUAGUUGAAGCAAAGAGGCAGAAGAUGAGUGGAGAACUAGAGGCUUGUGAUUUUAUGCCAUGCGCAUACUCGUUUCUAUGAAAAAGAAUCAAAAUU